AUGGCGACUAGAGUCCUGCCGCCGGCGCUGCUCCCUCUCAUACUCCUGCUGCUGCUCCCGCUCUCAGCCCGCGACACCGUCGCCGCGGGCGAGAUUUCCCCACGCGACGGGCGGGUGAUCGACCUCGACGAGAGCAACUUCGAAGCGGCGCUGGGCGCCAUCGACUUCCUCUUCGUCGACUUCUACGCCCCAUGGUGCGGCCACUGCAAGCGCCUUGCGCCCGAGGUACGAGGAACUCCUGCCGACCUGUCGCUUGCUGGUGGUGGUAGACCUUUAGAUGAAGCUGCACCAGUGUUGGCAGGGUUGAGUGAGCCUAUUGUUGUUGCCAAAGUCAAUGCUGAUAAAUACAGGAAACUUGGAUCAAAAUAUGGAGUGGAUGGAUUCCCUACCCUCAUGCUUUUUAUCCAUGGUGUCCCAAUUGAAUACACUGACUCUGCGAUAAAGACCUUUGUUGAGAAUGCUGGUACAAGCUUUCCUAUGUUCCUUGGUUUUGGGGUGAAUGACUCAUUGAUUGCUGAAUAUGGAAGGAAAUACAAGAAAAGAGCAUGGUUUGCUGUUGCUAAAGAUUUCUCUGAGGACAUCAUGGUAGCCUAUGAAUUUGAUAAGGUUCCAGCACUAGUUGCAAUCCAUCCAAAGUAUAAGGAACAAAGUUUGUUCUAUGGCCCAUUUGAAGAAAAUUUCUUGGAAGAUUUUGUCACGGCAAUCCCUUCUCCCUUUGGUUGUCCCAAUCAAUACAGAGACACUAAAAUGCUGAAUGAUGAUCAGAGGAAAGUUGUUCUCACAAUUUUGGAGGAUGAUUCAGAUGAAAAUUCUACACAGCUGGUAAAGAUUUUGAGAUCUGCUGCUAAUGCAAACCGUGAUUUGGUGUUUGGAUAUGUUGGAAUCAAGCAAUGGGGACGAGUUUGUGGAGACUUUGAUGUUUCCAAGAGCUCACAGCUGCCAAAGCUACUUGUGUGGGAUAGAGGCGAGGAGUACGAGCUAGUGGAUGGUUCAGAGAGAUUAGAAGAAGGUGACCAAGCAUCUCAAAUAAGCCAAUUCCUUGAGAGAUACAGAGCAGGAAGAACAACAAAGAAAGAAAAUCAGCGGCCCUUCUUUCAUGGGUUUCCUGAACUCUCUGCUGCGGCUGUUGCAGCAGCAGAACAACAACAGCCAGCCGCAGCUGCAGCGAGCGGAGCCGUUACUCGCUAG